AUGCUGUCAUUCGUGCGCAAUUAUUCGAUCCUUCCAAAGACAAUAAAAUCAUUGUCGAAAGAAGUUUCAAGCUCAACGAAUCAUGUACAACAUGUUAAGGGAUGGAUCAAAUCGGUAAGAUUGUUGAAAAACAUUGCAUUUAUAGAUUUGCAAGAUGGUACUUGCACUGAUGCUCUAAAAGUUUGCAUUCCGAUAGAGAAUUCUAAAGAGACGGAAUACGUCAGAAGACUUAAGACCGGCCAAAGCGUAUCAAUUACGAACGCUCAAUGCAAAAUGACACCAGAAAGAGAACAAUCCUUCGAAUUAAAAAUAAGUGAGCCAUUGAAAUCCAUCAGCAUAAUCGGAAAUGUUACUCUCGAUUAUCCACUACAAAAGAAGGCUCAUUCUUUGUCAUUCUUGAGAACACAACCUACAUUAAAACAUAGAUCUAGCUAUCUCAGUUCUUUAAUGAGGUUCAGAUCUCAUCUCGAAUUGUCAUUAUUCAAUUUUUUCCAAGAGCAUGAUUUUACAAAAGUUUCUCCACCAGUACUUACAUCAAGUGACUGUGAAGGUGCAGGUGAACUCUUUAAAGUUCAAUCAUCAUCGAGGGAUAAUGAUUCGUAUUUUGGUAAGCCAACGUACUUGACUGUUUCGACACAAUUGCAUUUGGAGAUAAUGGCAAUGGCUUUGUCACGAUGCUACACGCUAACACCAUGUUUUAGAGCUGAAAGAAGCGACACUAAUCGUCAUUUAAGUGAAUUUUGGAUGCUUGAGAGUGAAAUAUCCUUUGUUGAUAGUGUUUUGGAACUAACAAGAUUUGUAGAAGAAAUGCUCAAGAAUAGUAUAAAAUCAUGUUAUGAGCAAAAAAACGAACUCUUACCAAUUAUCACUCCAGAUAAUUCUCUGACAAGAGAAGAAAUUCUAAAAAGAUGGGAAUCUCUUUUGCAUAAAGCGUGGGCAACGAUUUCAUAUACCGAGGCGAUCGGAAUCUUAAAAAAGCAACAUGCUAUGGUUCCUUUUCCCAACUACGAACCCAAAUGGGGCGAAUCUUUACAAACUGAGCAUGAAAAAUGGCUGGCAGGUGAGCAUUUUGAAUCCCCAGUCUUUGUUACAGAUUACCCAAGAGACUGCAAAGCGUUUUACAUGAAGGCAAACUCUGAAGAGUUACCUGGAAACGAAACGGUUGCUUGUUUUGACCUACUAGUACCUGAAAUGGGUGAAAUUGUAGGCGGAAGCAUGAGGGAAGACAAUUAUGACUCUUUAAGUCGCGAAAUGGCCAGACGUAAAAUGAAUAGUUCAGGCGAACUUACUUGGUACUUAAAAUUACGUAGCGAGGGCACAAUUCCCCAUGGUGGAUUUGGCUUAGGACUUGAGAGACUGGCAUCCUACUUAUUUGGUAGUCAUAACAUCAAAGAUGCCAUUCCAUUUCACAGAAGUGCUUCUGGAUCCAUCGAGCUGUGA